AUGUCCUCCCUCCAGGCCCAGCGUGCCGUAUACGCUCGGCUUCGCUAUAACAGUCCCCAAUUUCAACCCAAGACUCUCCGAUUCUCGACCCACGCCCGCCACAACUCCCCGUCAUCCUCUCCCCCAUCAUCACCUCCGACCCCCGUCGCAGUCUCAACCCCGAAGAAACACGAAAUCAACCCACCACCCAGCACACGCCCCGCGCCCCUCGUGCUCCCCGAAGCCGUUACAGAGACAGCAUCCACCUCCGAAAAAUUAACCCGCUACAUCGCCAUCGGCCGCGCAUACCUCACCUUCUACAAAACGGGCCUGAAGAACGUCUACCACAACUACCGCGCCUCGCUGCCCCUCCGAAAGACACUGCGCCUCCCAGCCUACAUCCCCAUCUCCCCUCCUCGGCUCUCCGGAGACAAAAAUGCAGCAUCAUUGCUCGGCCGCGCACAGUUUCAACUCGUCCGCCGCUCGGCUCGCGAUGUCCGCCGCAUGAUCCCCUUCACUCUGAUCCUUAUUGUAUGCGGCGAGUUCACACCGCUUGUUGUCCCCAUAUUUGGGAAUGCCGUCACCCCGUUUACAUGUCGUGUUCCUUCGCAAGUCUCCAAGGAGCGCACGCUUGCGGCAGCGAGGAAGAGAAACGCCUUGGCGGGGCAUACCGCUGCCACUGCUGGGUCCCUUUCGCCAAUGCCAGUGGGUGGUAAAGAGGAAUUGAGCCUGCUUGCUACCCAAUUCGCAAAUCCCGCUUUUGCGCGAACUGCGGAUGCAGAGAGUGUACUGCGCGCAUGCGCCGUCUUCGGAUUGGUCAAGAGCCAUGCUCGCUUUGCUUCGGGUGCUCUGCUGAGAUGGGUUUAUCGGCCGCGUUUGGAGAGAUAUCUCUCUUAUCUGGCGAUUGAUGAUGCGAUGAUUCGGGGUGGCGGGGGUGUCAAGGCCCUUGUGGCCGAGGAAGUGCGUGUUGCGGUUGAGGAGCGCGGGGGUGGGGAUGUGGCGAGCGGGUAUAGAAAAGAUGGACAGAGGGAAAUGGCUGAAAGAGAGUGGUUACAGCGAUGGUUGGCUUUGAGGAAUGGGAAGGCAUAG